AAUUCCCUUUAUAAACCUAAUUCAUAAAUCCAAUUUCAUUCAAACUAUUUCUUUCAAAAUAUCAUAAACCCAAUUAGCUUUCGUCAAAUCCAAAUCUUACUGCAACGAUGUCUGGCCGCGGAAAGGGAGGAAAGGGGCUGGGAAAGGGAGGAGCAAAGCGUCACCGGAAAGUUCUCCGGGAUAACAUUCAGGGUAUCACCAAACCUGCAAUCAGGAGGCUCGCUAGAAGAGGUGGAGUCAAGAGAAUCAGCGGUCUCAUAUACGAAGAGACACGUGGCGUUCUGAAGAUAUUUUUGGAGAAUGUGAUUCGUGACGCCGUUACCUACACGGAGCACGCUCGCCGGAAGACAGUGACGGCGAUGGAUGUUGUUUAUGCUUUGAAGAGGCAAGGAAGAACUUUGUACGGUUUUGGAGGUUAAUAAAAUGAAUGUGGUCAAGUCUGUGAUGUUUAUCACACAGUUUAGUUUCUGGAAUAUGUAAUUGGUGAAAUGAAUUUGAUUUUAAUGGAAUCAAAGUGAAAUGUUAUGUUGAUUUUAA